AUGCAACUAAUACGAUCGGCUGUGGCCGAGGUGAAGAAGAUGCAGAAGAGGCAGCUCCUGCUACAAGGAGUGAACCUCGGCCUCAUCAUCACAUCUGCCCUCAUGAUCUGGAAGUUCCUUGUCCUUGUCACUGGCAGCGAGUCUCCGAUUGUGGUGGUGCUGAGCGGGAGCAUGGAGCCGGGAUUUUACAGGGGCGACAUCCUGUUCCUGGACCAGCCCAAGGGCCCCAUCGAAACCGGAAACAUCAUCGUGUUCAACGCCGGGGACCGCGAAAUCCCCAUCGUCCACCGCAUCAUCAAGGUGCACGAGCGGCACAACAACAUCAGCGCCGUCGACAUCCUCACCAAGGGUGACAACAACUGGGGCGACGAUCGGUCGCUGUAUCCCCGGGGCGUGCGGUGGCUGGGCAGGCACCACAUCAUGGGUCGUGUGAUUGGCUAUCUGCCCUACAUAGGCCAGGUGACUAUCAUCAUGAAUGACUACCCCAUUGUCAAAGUGCUGCUCAUCGCGGCUCUGGGCCUCUUUGUCAUCACCAGCAAGGAGUGA